AUGAGGGCAACCGACUUGGGGAAGAAAUGGAGAAAGAGUUCUCUACCAUUGUUGCUUAUUCUUUUUACUACUCUUGCAAGUACCACCACCAUCCAUUCCUCUUUGAGGGGUUUGAGAGAACUUGGAGCAACAAAAUGUGAAGAGCCAUGCAUGUUAGUGGGAGUUAAGUUUUGGAGUGAUCUGCAUCCUCAUGAUUACAGAGUGGCUCAUAUGAUAUUUUUUAUAGCAUUUUCUACUUUCAAAACAUCCAAAAUCCUAGGUAGUGUAUUUAGAAUUUGUAAUCACUGUGGAUUAAGAAAAAUGGGUGCCUCAAAUUGGAAACUAGUGGGCGUUACGAUUAUGGAACUGCACGGGAUCCUCAGGAAAACUAUUAGCAAUACAUUAAAGCAUCAUAGCUCACAUAACAGCUCAGCACACUCAAUAGUAGUGAGAGUUAAUGGAGCAAUAAGGAAGCGCAGGAUUCCAGGAAAAAAAUGUUUGAAGACUCACAAUCUGGCUGGAAUUGUAUACUUUACACUUCAAACUGUGCUGGGCAUUAUUCUUAUAAAGGCUUGUGUAGUGGGAUACUGGAUCAUCUCAUCAGUUCAAAUUCCUCUUGCCAUAAUUUUCACUAUAUGGAUAUUCUACAGUUGGAGACACAUCCAGAAUACUGCCACCACUUAUCACGAAAUUGGCAAAGCAUGA